UUGUCAUCUCAUCACAAACUACUUGCAAUUUUUGCGUCGGCAACUUAAUCAAACAAAAAGUGUUAAUAAAAUGGCAUUGGCAGAAAUUUGUAAAAUUUCCAAUGCUUCCUACAUGAAGCCAGCUGCGUGGACCUCAAGUGAAGUCGAGAACGAGCUGAACGCCUUCAGCUGCAACAUUGCAAAUCCCUACACAUUGGCAGCGCCUCCAUUUGAGAAUCCCCUGGAUAAUCUGAACAAGAUUCAGGCAAAUGCUGCCAAGACCGGUGUUAAAAUCAACUUUGACCAUGGCACAACAACUCUCGGUUUCAAAUACCAAGGUGGCGUCAUUUUGGCAGUGGAUUCGCGUGCCACUGGUGGCCAGUAUAUUGGUUCGCAGACCAUGAAGAAGAUUGUGGAAAUCAAUCAGUUCCUGCUGGGCACAUUGGCUGGCGGCGCUGCUGACUGCGUUUAUUGGGAUCGCGUCCUUGCCAAGGAAUGCCGCCUGCAUGAGCUGCGCAACAAGGAACGCAUCUCGGUGGCGGCAGCCAGCAAGAUUAUGGCUAACAUUGCCCACGAAUACAAGGGCAUGGGCCUGAGCAUGGGCAUGAUGCUUGCGGGUUACGAUAAGCGAGGCCCGGGUCUCUACUAUGUGGACUCGGAGGGAUCUCGUACACCCGGAAAUGUCUUCUCCGUAGGCAGCGGUUCUAUUUUCGCCUUCGGUGUGCUCGACUCUGGCUACCAUUGGGAUUUAAAGGACACGGAGGCACAGGAAUUGGGCCGUCGUGCUAUUUAUCAUGCCACAUUCCGCGAUGCUUAUUCCGGUGGCAUUGUUCGUGUCUAUCACAUGACCCCGAAUGGUUGGAUCAAAAUUUCUGAUACAGAUUGCAUGGAACUGCAUUACAAGUACAAGGAGGAAAAGGAGUCCAAGAAAUAAUUGCACAGCAAAUAUAAUUAUGUGAAGGAAAUAAUAAUUUGUAAUCAACAUAA